GGGAGGGGAGGAGGUGUUUCUCGUCGCAGAGACAAAAAAGAAAAGGCGAAUGAACGAUUAACAAUUUCCUGCAGGGAGGUGCUGUUAUCACUCCCCAAAUCUCCAGCGCUCACCGGAGCUCAGGACACAGGAGCUGCACGCGCACAAUGGACUGAAACUCUCGGACAGAUAAACGGAAUCAGCUGUGAAACCUCCGCGACUCACUAUAGUGACUUGGGUCACCUUUUUCAGUCUCCGGCCGUUCAGCUCUCAGAUCCCCAGGUAUGAUUCAGAGGAAGGAGGUCGUGCUGUCUGUUCUCAGCGAGCUCCAGGAGGCCACAGAGAACUCUGGCCUGGAUGCUCUGACCACAGUGGCUCUUGAGGUGGACCAGAUCCUCGCACCCUUCCAGCUUCCCUUCAACCCCUGUCAGGACUUCCCUGAUUGGGCCGGUGUGGAUGACAAGGCUCAUGGCCUGUACCCAGCUGAUGCACCCAUUGGACUGCUGCCUCUGAACUGCAAGGGAGAGGGCAACCUGCUGUUUGAUGCUGUUAGCAUGCUGCUAAUAGGCAACACUGCACUUAGCCUAGAGUUACAGGUUCGGACAGUGGUGGAAAUGGUGCUGUGGAAGAGGUACUACCUGUCUGGAAUGAUUGAUUCGAAAAUGAUGCUUCAGGCAGUUCGCUUCAGUCUCUGUGCUGAAGAGUCCGAGGAUAUGCUCAACCUUCCUGUUUCAGUUCUGGAGGCCAUUUUUGAUGCUGAUGUGAAAGCAUCCUGCUUCCCUGGCUCCUAUGCCAACAUGUGGCAUGUGUAUGCCUUGUCAUCAGUCCUACAGUUCAACAUCUACUCCAUCUACCCUAUGUUCAACCUCAAGAUACGACCCUACUUCAACCGUGUCAUACGUCCAAGGACCUUGCCAAAGGACUCUGAGCCACUUACCCUCCAUGUCAUGUGGUCUGGUGAACUGCAAUCGGAGACUUUGUUCAGGCCCAAUCAUUUUGUCGCCCUUUUCCAGAGGAGUGACCUUACAUUUGGAAGCCCUGUAAGUGAAGAGAGGGAAUCACCAAUGAAGAGCCAAGAGCUAUUGAACAAGGACCCACAUCUUUCUUACCCAAAUCUGAAAGACAAGUACAACAUCACCAAGAGGACCUUCUACCGCUGGAAGAGGCAAACGCAGGAGCAUUGCAAGAAGUCAGCAGCUAGAUACGAGGCAAAGUACUUCCUUCAAGCAUGCUACUUGGAGGGUAAGCUCAUUCCUCUGCACCAGUUCAAAGAGUUCUUUCCUGAGAUCUCAAGAUCUUCUUACUACAACUGGAAGCACGAGCUUAUGAAAUCCGGAGGAACCUUCUCCACCUCAUCGUCCACUGGAGAGAUCAGUCCUGGAGAGAGCACCGAACAAGAUGCUUGGUCUUCCCCUGAAGCGAAGCAGGAUGAGCCAGACCACCAUGACAGUGUGGCCAGUAUGUUUGGCCUUAACAUUGGCAAACCGGAUAUGGAGCGGGCCCAGAACGUAGCCCAAAUGCAGGAUGCUAAGCGCUGUCUGCAGAACUGCAUUGCCAUGAACGGCUCCCUCCCUUUCAGGGUUUUCAAGAGAAAUUACCCAGGGAUCUCCAGGUCAACCUACUACAACUGGAGGCGAGAAGCCCUGCUGUACAGCAGAGGGUACAAAGGCAGUGUGAGCAGCAGUGAGGACAGCUCAGAUGUUGACAAGAGCCAAAGUCCAAAAAGUAUUUUGCCAGUUUUACACAACAUCAACCAUCCAGUACCAAGAACGCGAAUCUGCAGGCGUACACACAAAAGCUUUCGACAGGCAUACUUGAGCAAAAAACAGCUCCGGGAUGCUGCCAAGCUGCAGGUCCAGAAUUCCAAAUGGUCCCUGACAAAAUUCAAGCUAAAGUUCCCUACCAUGUCACCUUGUUUUUACUGGCUGUGGCGUAACGGUCAGAAACGCAAGAAGAAGAUGGUAACACCAAGUCCAGAGAUCCAACUUUCAGGAAGUCAGGCGGACUCACCUGUCUCUGAAAACAAGCUCAUGGAGAGCAAAAUAGAUUUUCAACCUGGGCACCCAUUUCAACCUGGGCACCCAUUUGUUGAGAGUCCCAAGUAUCUAGAAAGUCCUUCCAUGCCUUCCUUUGAUGCCCUUCAUUCAAAGCACAACCUUCAUAGCAAGGCGAUCAUAGAUGAGCAGAUGUUCGCUAUGGAUGUAGUCGCUCUGGCCAACUUCAAGGCCAAGGCCAAGCUGUUCCUUCAGCAACGCUUUGAGGAGAAAUGUUUCCCAACAUUCAAGGAAUUCAGGUCUUACUUCCCCUUUACCCCACGCUCGACAUACUACAUGUGGAAGAGAGCUUUGUAUCACGGGGUGUCCCUAGUUCACGGCUAGAGUCACAGAGCCGUAAUCCUUUGAAAAGGGCUUUUUAAAAGCUUUGUACGAGAACUUCUCCCUUUGCCAAAACCCCUCGAUGAUCUGAACAAGUUUUUUUCUUUCCUUUGAUUUUUUUUUUUUUAAACAUACUACCUACACUUGCAGACCACAUGUUUUUAUGUUCUGAAAGACUUAAAAACCCUCGCUUAGCAUCUAAAUGCUGUCUUCUUCCUCUACCCCUCCACCACAGCUCAUUCCUCCCUCCCUGGACAUUUGCACAUGUGUGAAAGAAACUAAGUCCUGGGUCUGUUUCAACCCUGCAUGUUGCCCUCCAGGCAACAGGCAGUUCAAAGUUAGCCUUUUCUCUUGUCUGGUGCCUUUUUAUAUUCGCUAAGCAUUGCACACAGGGUCUUUACAUUUAGAUUUUUGUAAUGCUUAAUUUUUUUUAGUUGCUGUGUGAUCUGAGACUUCUCGUUUUUAUUUUUUUUAUUAUUCUUUGGAUGUAAAAAACGGCCAGUAUUUUUUCAAUGGAUUUACUUCUUAUUCCUUUUCUAUUAACAGGGUUCUACUCGAUGUUUUGUAUUUGUCCUAAUGAUGAUUGAAUGUAUUGCCUCAGGGGUUCACUUUGUGCACAGAAGUUUAUGAUGCUUGUAUUGACAGUUUUGACAACCAUCUUCUGAACUGUCUCCUUCUGGCAGUGAACAACAUAAACUGUGAGAUAUGUCUAAUUUAAAUUGCACUAAAAUAGUUCCCAUCACCGAUGAAUGUAUUUCCUUAACCAUCAUGCACCCAUUUGUUUAGCUAGGACUUUAUGUCAUUUCAAUUUUUAGUCAAUGUUUACAUGGUUCCUGUACUUGAAAAUAUGAAAAAAUAUAUUCUAUUUUUUUUACGAUCCUACGUGCCUUACUCACAAAACUACCUUUUUUUUUUUUAAAGAAAAUGUGCCUUAAUAAGCUAUAUUUGUCUGCUUUUGUUUUCAGUAAAUGGACCUCUGCACAGACCAA